CGGGCCGGGGGCCGGCGGGCAGGCGGCGGCGGUAACGGGCGGGCGGCAGCCGGGGCCGCUCCAUGUUCGCCAUGGACUACUCCUACCUCAACUCCUACGACUCCUGCGUGGCCGCCAUGGAGGCGUCCGCCUACGAGUUCAGCCCCUGCAGCCAGGCCGGCUCCUUCCAGUACAGCCCCAUGCGGGGGGGCUUCGGGACCGGGCCCGCCUGCCCCCCCCUCGCCUCCGCCAACUGCGCCCUCGGCGCGCUGCGCGACCACCAGCCCUCGCCCUACUCGGCAGUGCCCUACAAAUUCUUCUCGGACCCGUCGGGGAUCAACGAGAAGCGGAAGCAGCGGAGGAUCCGGACGACGUUCACCAGCUCCCAGCUGAAGGAGCUGGAGAGGGUCUUCGCCGAGACGCACUACCCCGACAUCUACACCCGCGAGGAGUUGGCCCUCAAAAUCGACCUCACCGAAGCCCGGGUGCAGGUCUGGUUCCAGAACCGCCGAGCCAAAUUCCGCAAGCAGGAGCGGGCGGCCAACGCCAAGGGUGCCGGUGCCACCGCCGGCACCGCCGGCAAGAAGUCAGAGCCGCGCUCUUCCUCAGAGGACGACGAGUCCAAGGAGUCCAACUGCAGCCCGACGCCGGACAGCACGGCAUCCCUGCCCGCCGCCGGCAGCCUCGGCAGCCCCGGCAGCAGCCUGAGCCCCAGCCCCGGUGCGGGGCCACCCAUGGGACCCGGCCAUCCCCCCCAGCCCCUCAAGGCGCCCAUCUGGCCCGGCGUGAGCACCAGCAGCGGCACCGCCAACGCCACCGACCUGCUGAAGGCCUGGCAGCCCGCCGAAGCCGUGCCGGGACCUUUCUCCGGCGUUCUCUCCUCCUUCCAUCGGAAGCCCAACGCCCUCAAGACAAACCUCUUCUGAUGUGCCGGUCACCGGAUCCGGCUGCCCCGAACCCCCCCCGGCCCCCCACCGCCGGCCCCUGCCCACCGCGCCGAUGCUCCCACCGUGGACCCAGCGAUGAUGCUCCGGCAAACGGCUGCCAGCGGGGAGAUGAACCGGGGACCCCCCCCCAGCCCUGCCCAGCUGCCGGCACCCAAGGCUGCUCCCCGAGGGGGCCACGGGACCCCCCACCCUCUCCCGGACCCUGUGCCGACAGGACGGACCGGGAGCUGGGGGCAGCCCCCGCCGAUGGCUCCCCACCGGCACCACCCACCCAUGGGUGCUGUGGGACCACGGGCGUGCAAAUGUGGGGGGGGGCAGCAGCCCCUGGCCCAGCCGGCAUGCCUGGGCAGAGCCAUCGCUCCAGCAUGCUUUUGGGGGCUCCCGGUGCACCCCAGGGGUGGGGGCAGCUAUGGGGCUCCCCACGGCACUGCGGGUGCUCUG